CGGCGGCGCAAGUGAGCAAUUCCCACGGCGCAGUGUAUACCGAUACAGCAGCGUGAGUGCCAGUGCGCGUGCGCACGCGAUCGACCCCAGCUCGGAAUUCGUGUGUUGUCCAGCUCUGUAGAGUAUAGUGGAACCAGUGAUAAUCUCCCGACUGACACCAUGCGACCAGUGUCGGUGUUAGUUUUCGUCGCUCUUGUUACACUAGGAAUGGCGCAGGACACCACGACCGAUGCUUUUAACGAUAAACUUAAUGCCAUCGAUUCGAAACCUUCAGUGCGAUUAGAUCCAUAUAUUCGGAAAGCUUUGCUGAAAGCAUUGAGCGAACUUGAAGACAGCGAUAACACAACUACAGAUGACGAUAUUAUAGAUAAUUCUACUAUCGAUUCAGAACUUUUAAAAAGCGGAGAGGAACCUUCGCAUACCUUACAACCACCUUUAGUCAAUGAAGAGAUUAAAAUACAUUCCUUUUUGGUUGACGGACAGCAAGCUUUUGCAGGCAAAAUCAACACAACACCAACAUUUAUCGAUAAAAAAAUAUCGAUUUUGAGUACUACCUCAGGUAAUGUCGAAAAUUACGUGACGGCUACGCUUCCAACUCAAACUCCUUUUAAAGAAAUCUUUCAAACAAAAGAAUCUGGUAUAAACCUUCAACAGGUUAGAAGUAUUCAAAGCACUUCUCAGUCUAGUACGAAAAAUAAUAUAAGUAAAGAAACUACUUUCAAACCUACAUCAACUACAACUACUACCACAACAACUACUACAACGACUACUACAACUCCAAAACCAACACAUAACGAAGAUGGCGAAAAUAUAGAAGAAGUUGAUAAACGUGAUGUUCAAGUAUUUCAGGCUCCUUUACUAGCAGCUUUUACAGUUCACCAAGAUGCACAUGGUUUACCAAAAAAAGUUAUACCAAUUUAUCAGCAAUCGAAUAUACAAGAACCAUUGAAACCACAACCCGCCACAAAUAUACCGACAGGAGUUUUACCUCCACAAAAUAAUUUUGCCGUUUCUAGUGUAAAUUUAAACCAAAUUCCACAAAAUGAUUUCGUAAGCCAACAACUAGCACUACAAAAGCAAUUAGAAGAAAAACAAAGGAUCUUAGAGGAACAACUUCGAGUAUUACUGCUUCAACAAAGACAACAAGAGGAACUAUUACGAAAACAACAACUUCUUUUACAACAAAAAGAUGCUCAACGUCAACAACAAAUUUUAUUUGAACAAGAACAGCUAAAAAGACAGCAACUUCAUUCGGAUCAACAAAAAGUGCAAAUUGUACCAAGCUUGAGUAAUAUACACGUACAAGGAUUACCGAAGCCAGUUCAGCAAAAUUCGUUUAUAAAUCAAAAUAACCAAGUACGGCCAACACAAAAUGCACAAGUAUCUAUUCAACCCAGUGUACCAAUAGAACAUCAAAAUAUAGUCGGCAAUCAACAACAGUUGCCUAAUCGUGAAGCGGUUGACUUUUUAUUGCACUUACGCAAUCAGCAACCCGAGCAGUUUCCAUUACAGGAAAAUCAUUUACCACAAGGCAUAAGUAAUUUUUUGCAGCCUAAUCCUGUUAAUUUUCACCAAGGGCUUAAUUUUAAUCAAUUAAGAGGAUUCGAUCAAGUUAGCCAAGCAAAACAGAGUAAUCGUGUAUUUCGUCAAGAAAGCGGUGUUAGUAAUUUAGGAUUAAAUAAUAAUAAUAAUCAAAAUUAUAACAGAUUUAAUACAUUUACUCCAAUACACACAAACCAUUUCUUUAAUAGACCAAAUCAAUUUAGCCCUGAUGCGGAAUUACACCAAUUAUUAGCUCAAACAGGAUUAAAUUCGAGGAGUCACGAGGAUUUAAAUAUAGUAUCUAAAGUAUUAUCUUUAAAUCAUGGUAUACCUCUAAAUAAUAACAUUUCGAAUAGACUGCCCUUCGAUAGCAGAAGACAAAUAAGAACACAAGUGUAAAUUUCUAAAGGCCGUUUUUAAUAAUAUACACUGAUAACUGACAGGCUAUAUAGACUGUAACUACCUAAUUAAUUUUUUCUAUGCUCAAAGUACAUUAACAACAGUUUGUCAGUUAUCGAUUUGGAGAGGUACAAUUUGAAUACUUAUCCAUAAAUUAUUGAGACGCUUUUGUCAUUUUGAAACAUUAACCAUAGCCUUAUCAAUAACGGCCACAAAUAACUCCUCAGUAUCAUAACUCUCCUCUAUAAACCCAUUUAAAAAUUUUGUCAUAUUAAUUGAACAAAAGGAAUCCACACUAAAAUUAUUAUGACUACCAGAACGAGAACAAGUUUAAAUGUACAAUUCAAAACAGUAAUCUAAAUGUAAGUAAGAACAGGUAAUUAAAAACUAUAAGUAGUAAUAGCUACGACAUAGUAAAAACAUUACAAUAAACUGUAAACUGUGUCGUUAAUCAAAGGAACAAGCAAAAGUAGUAUUUGUUUCUACUUUUCAGCGUCUUACAGAAAUAAAAAAAGAGAGAAAGAGUUAUGAAAAAAGGAGAGCUAGAACCUAUUUAUUGAAUAAGUAGACUUUAUUUCAAUAUUCAGGUAGAUAUUAAUGCCUGCUUUGCCUACCUUAUAAUACAAGAUGAUUCAUGGAUGAUUUUCAUUGUAUCUGCGUCUCAUCUUACACUCCAAGUCAGUAACAAUAGACAUGUUAAUAACCAAAGAAAUGUGGUAACGUCGUGUCACCCUAUAUAAUCAACUACGAGUAUCGUUCAUCUUAAAUAUUGUUUCUUUAACUUGCGUUAGACAUAAAUAAUUAUUUAUUUUAACUAUAAUGAUUGUGAACUGCCAUAAGUAAUAAAUUUUAGAAGACCCAACUAUUUUUAAGAUCUAUAGUAAGUAGUCGGAUACAUAUCUACUUACAAGUCCAUUGACUUGGGACGUAUUCUAAAAUAUUUGGAAUUAUCUCAAACAAGAAUUUUAUAUUAUAGAAAAACAUACUUAAUCUAAUCUAUAGGAAUACAAAAUGAUAUUCUAUUGAAGAUAUUUAAUUUUAGAGAUAGGUUUAAAAAGUGACAUUCCAUAAUUUUAGAAUCGAUCCCAACGUCCUUGACGAUAAGUUUAUAUUGAAGGUACAAUUAUUGUGACAGUAGUCUAAUUAUGGUUACUCAUAUUCUACAUAUUUUGGUAAUACUUACAGUAUUAACACAUCAGUUUCAACAAAAGGAUAAAUCAAUAAUAAUUUAUCCACGAAAUACUCAACUUUAUAGAUUAUGAAAUCAAAGAUAUUACAAGCAACAAAAUUCUGUAAAUUCUUUAUAUAUAAUUACUUGUUGGGUUGUAUGUACUUAUAUGUAGAUUUAGUUUUAGUAGGUGCAUAUGUGAAUAGAAAUGUCGAGAUGUGGAUACCUAAACACUGCAAAAGGUGCUGGUUUGAAGACUAAUUUAAAAAAUAUGUAAUAUGACAAAAAACUAAUUUUCAUAUUGAUCCACCACUACAAUAAAAUUAUGAUUUCCUUUAUUUUAUAAAAGAUUAUUUAAUAUCCUAUUUAAAAUACCUAAUGUAUCUUUAUCUGUCACUUCACAUAUGUAGUUAUCUACACUUUUUUUUCGAUGGAUGUUAGAGGAAUGGCGCCUGCGCUAACAAUAUACGCUGACGGGGCACCAAUGAGGGAUAAUAAGUGGGAAUGAAAGGGCAGGUCAGUUAGCCCAUCGUGAUGAAUACACCUGGAAUUCAGCACGUUGGUUUCAAGGGGGACCACGUGUAGGUCGACCUGAUAGGGUAUAUUGCUGGCAGUGGGAUUUAUAGUCCACAUUACUAAUAAUCCCCCCCCCCAGUACCUACACUUUGGUAUUAGUUACCUGAUUUUUAAUUUCAAUAUGGAAAAUAAAACAGUAAUUUCGCGGAAUUAUGAAAUUAAAAUAUUAGUUUAUGACAUAAGUUUAUAGAAAUGGUUCCUCAGAAUUGGCUUCAAUGACUUUCAGAAUAAGAGGCUCUUUGUGGUUUAAGAAAAAAAUAUGGUGGAUCAACUCAGAUGAAUUACACAAAACUUACUACCUACUAUUACCUACCUGUUUUUGUAUCAAUCCCUAUCAACUGAACAAACAUCUAAAUUAAGAUUGCCUAUCCACCUAGAUGGGUACCUAUAUGUAGAUAUCAUCACAACUAUUGUCUUAGUUAUUUUUAUGUUUUCACUAUGUUACUCAAGAACAAAUUCGAAUAAAUUAUCAUUAACCAUUUACACUACAUUAUCAUUAAUGAAAUUAAAUGUCACAAUAAAAUAUUCAACCUAGGUACGACAUUUAAUCAAUUAGUCAAGAUACGAGUUAAGUGUACGCGCUUCAACAGGAACUUAAAUAUCUAGUGUUAAAAAGUACCUAUUAUUAGUAGUAGAUAAUAUGAACAUUAAUAUUAUAUUGAAAACCUAUGUAUCCAAUGUAGGUAAUUACGAAAUUUCACAGUCCUAAACUGUUAAGUCAUAUUUCAUGUACCUAUUUUAAGUUUGUAAAUAAAUAUAUUAUGUAAUAUAAAAAUUAUUUAUUUAUUUAUCCUUUAGAUAUGCUUAGAUGACGUGUGAUAUUAAUAAUAUAUUCAUAAAUAUUUAAAGAGCUUCGUUAAUUGUAAACGCUACUCCUACCAACCUAAAACCAGUGGGGGGAAAGGGAUUAUUAAUAACGGGGUCAAACAGCCCUAUUACUAGCAAUAUACCCUGUCAGGUCAACCUCCACGUGGUUCUCCCUGGAAACCAUCGUGACUAAUUCUAGUUUAAUUCGUCAGGAUGGGCUAAU